AGGUACUCUCUCUCUCUCUCUCUCUCUCUCUCUCUCUCUCUCUCACGCACAUUUCAAGUUCAACUCUCGUUCAAGAAUAAAAAAUUCGGCAAACAUUCUUCUUCUCCCAGAUCAAACUCACUCGCAUUUCAGUCAAAGUUCGUUUGCUCUUUCUUGGAAUUUUUCUGAGGCUGAGGGAAUGAUUAUCGAGUACGUGUUAGGUUUUUGUGCAAAGAAGCUUUGUCUACUUUGCGCAAGAGCAAGAACAUUAAUUUCACCGUUUUUGUCUUCUCUCUUUUCUCGGUGCCCUAGGCUUGGCCAGAUUGAUCAACCAAGAUGGGAUGACUUACCUAUGGACUGUUUGGUGAAUGUGUUGGAAAAAGUUGGCAUGAGGUCCUUGCUCUUGGAUGUCCCUUUUGUGUGCAAGUCAUGGUACAGGGCUAGCCUCCACCCUUUAUGCUGGCAACGUCUCAUUUUUGUUGACACUGAAACUAAGAUGGACCUUGAAACUCAUCGACCUUGGCGUUAUCACAGUGAAAUUGAAGCUGAGAUCGACAUUCAAUCUGAUCGUCUCUGCUUCGAAUCCUUGAUGAGUAGAUUUGUAUCUCAGUAUCAAAUUGAUGAUAGCUGUUUCUCUGAUACCGCAUUUAUAACGUCUGUAGUCAAUCGCAGCAGAGGACAUGCAACUUUCCUGAGGCUACCUGGAUUUUGUCCAGAAGCAGCAUUGAAAUAUGUUGGGGAUGUGUGUCAUGAACUUAAGGGUUUGUCUUUGCCCAGACGUUUACUUCUUUGUUCAUCAAGCAUUGUAAAAGAAUUGAUUGGAAAGUGCAAACAUUUGGAGUUGUUGUCACUGGGAGGUAGCCAUAAUUUGGAGGAGAUUCUGUUACAGUUCAGCAUGGGAUGCUGCAGGAAUUUUCUAAACAUAAAUGUGCCAGCUGUUUUAAUGAAUAGACAAGGAGCAAUGAAGAUUCCCUAUUUGAUUCCUAAUGUUAGCUUCCUAAGCAGCUAUAAUUUGGAGGAAAUCCUUGGACAGAUCCGCAUUCACUGCAAGAACUUUUGCCGUUUAAAUAUGUCGGGUGCUUUAAUCAAAAGAGAAGAUGUGGUGGCAAUUGUCAACUUGCUUCCCCACAUUAGGUACCUAAUCCUGAGGAAGGCAUACAUUGAUCGGGGUGAUCUUCUCACAUUACUGCGAGGCUGCACAGAACUUGUGCUUUUGGAUGCAAGGGAUUGCUCUGGUUUUGACGAAGGUGAUGUUGAAAUAUCAGUGCUUGCUUCUCAUAUUGGUGGCACAACCUUAUUGGAGUAUAACUGGACAGGGGUUUUCUGACCUGGCAUCCCCGGAAAGUUUGAUAAGGAGUCAUAUACUUGAAGUCGUACGGGUCCUUUCUCUGCUGUUCGUUGCAGAAGAAACUCAAGCACUCAACUCAAUCAAAAGAGGAAGAUUUUCGUUCUGUGUCCCCAACCACUCCAAUGGCGAAUCCCGACCUGCCCCAACCCAAGAAGCUUCGUCAGACGGUUCAAUUUCAACCAAGAUGGGAAGACCUAAACGUGGACUGUUUGGCAAAUGUGUUUGGAAGAGUUGGUAUCACUGCAUUGCUCUUGAGUGUCCCUUUCGUGUGUAAGUCUUGGUACAGAGCAAGCCUCGACUCUGCAUGUUGGCAACGUCUCAUUUUAACUGAUGUUGAUACUGAGAUUGACCUUGGAAAUGAGGGAUUUUGGAAUUCUGACAAUGAAAUUGAAGCUGUGGUUGACAGAAGACUAGAGCUUUUCCGUUUCGAUACCUUGAUGAGCAAAUUUGUAUGGGGAUAUCAAAUUGAUCAUAAUUGCUUUUCUGAGACUCAAUUCAUAAUGUUUGUAGUGAAUCGUAGCAGAGGACAGGCUACUUUCCUCAGGCUGCCUCCACUCUGUCAAAUUGCAUUAUUGAAUCGUGUUGCAGAUGUGUGUCAUGGACUGAAGGGUUUGUCUUUGCACCGCUGUUCACUGAUCUAUUCAUCAAGCAUUAUCCCAGAGCUGAUUGGAAAGUGUAAACAUUUGGAGCUGUUGUCAUUGAGGGGAGGCAGUAAUAAUUUGAAGGAACUCCUUUUACAGAUCAGCAUUCACUGUAAGAAUUUCUGUCGUUUACUUGUGUUGAAUGCUGUAAUUGGUAGAGAAGAUGCAUUGGCAAUUGUUAACUUGGUUCCUAAUAUUAAGUACUUGAGCUUGAGGAAGUCAUACAUACAUCGGGAUAAUCUUGUCACAUUAUUCCGGUGCUGCAAAGAACUUAUGCUUUUGGAUGCUAGGGAUUGCUCUGGUUUUGAUGGCAGUGAUGUUGAAAUAUUAGCGCUUGCUUCUCGAAUUGAUAAGUUCAGCUGUGAGGGUUCUAGAAAUGGUGACUGGAAAUCAUGACGCUCUUUCUUGGGAAUGUGUUUGGAAGAGUUGGUAUGACGUCAUUGCCGUUGAAUGUUCCUUUCGUGUGCAAGUCUUGGUACAGUACAGAGCAAGCCUAAACUCUGCAUGCUGGCAACAUCUCGUUUUCCCUGAGGUUGAUACUGAGAUUGACAUUGACACUCAUGCUUUGGGGGUCUGAAGAUGAAUCUAAGGCUUAGAUUGACAGGGGAACUGAUCGUUGCUGUUUUGAAACCUUUAUGAAUAGAUUUGUAUGUGAAUAUCGAAUCUAUGAUAGUUGUUUUUCUGGCACUCAAUGUGUAAAGUUUGUAGUCAAUCGUAUCAGAGGACAUGCCACUUUCUCAGGCUACCUGGAGUAUGUACAGAAGAAGCAUCAAUGUUUGAGAGUAAGUAUCAUGGUCACCGGGUGAAGUUAUUUUUGGUAUUGAUAAGUCUUGAUGAGUAUUUAAUUAACUGCAGUUUCAAAACUGAGAUGGAACUACAGAACUUUCCAUGCCAUGUCCAAAUUUUCACUGAUGACAGAUUACUACAGAACAUAAGUCACACGUGGUCAACAUCUACUGCAAGAUUGUUUGUGGUUUACACGUGUUCAAUGCUUGUAUUGUAUUAAUAAAGAGAAGGCAUUGGCAAUUGUCAACCUGGUUCCGUUGUUUAUUAUCAUCCUAAUUUUUUGUUAA